GUCACCAACAAUACCAGCAAGACGUUUAACAACAAUGUAACAAUGUCGUUUUCUGUGUCAAUUGUGUUCAUGACUAUAAUUUUCUCUCUCCUCAUUCUCUCCCUCCAACAACAACAACCACCUCAACCUCAACCUCUGAACUCGGUGGAGCAAGAAGCGGUAUACCUUGCACUCGAAUCAGUCAACCUAGAAAUCCAAUGGUGCACUCUCUUCCCAGACGAUCUCUGUCUCUCCUCCCCACACAACGUCGUUUGCAGCUACUUCCCAAUCCCCACAAUCCAAAACGACACCGUUCUCGCCCCCCACAUCAUCGAAUUAAAUAUUGGUUUCGUGUUCGAUUCCUCUGACAACCCAUCUUGCUCAUUUGAUUCCUCUUUCCCAUUUUCUCUCUCCUACCUCCCUCAUCUCCGUAAAAUCUUUUUCUUCUAUUGUUGUUUCAUUCAUUCACAAUCACCUGUCUAGCUCCCCGAUUUCGAAAUGUUUCCAUUUGAUCUCGAAGAAAUCGUAUUCAUGAAAAAUCCCGCGCUUUUUGGGUCACUCAGUGGCAAUCUUGGUAAUUUUACCUCUCUUAAGAGGUUUAUUUUGACUGGAAGUAACGUCUCAGGCGGAAUCCCUGAUGAAAUUACCAAAUUACCCUUGUUAGAGCAGCUCACCAUUUUUGGGAACAAUAACUGUAGGAAGGUUAUUCCGGAGGAUUUGGGGAAUUUGAAAAUUCUUGAUUUAAGUAAUAAUGGGUUGGACGGUUUUGUCCUUGAAUAAUUGGGUAAGCUUAAAUUGUUGUUGAAGCUUGAUUUGAGUUACAAUUAUUUUGUGGGUGGAAUUCCUGAGAAUUUGAAGAAUUUGCGGAGCCUCGAAUUCCUUGAUUUGGGGUUCAACAGAUUUAGGAAUUUUGGGAUUCCUUUGUUUUUGGGUGAGAUGCAUACAUUGAAGGAACUUUACUUGAGUGGGAAUCCACUUGGAGGGAUAAUUCCGGAAAUAUGGGAAAAGCUUGGGGGUAUUUUUGGAAUUGGACUUUCGGGCAUCGGCCUUGUGGGUAAUAUUCCAGCUUCUAUGGGGUUAUUUUUGAGAAAUGUGAGCUACAUCAGAUUGGAUAAUAACAAACUUGAGAGAACAAUACCUAAAGAGUUUGGGUUGUUAAAGAAUUUGAAUGAGAUGAAUUUACGAAAUAACUAGUUAAGUGGGAGAAUUCCCUUUUCUGCCAAGUUUGUUGCUAGAAUUGAUGGGAAACUCAAAUUGGAGGGUAAUUUUGGAAUUUUUAUUGACGAGAGUAUAGGAUGACAUGUUUACAACGGUAGGAUCGAAUUGACAAAUUUUAGCAUUUGUAAUUCAACAACAGAAAUUUCCAAUGCUGCCCUUUUCUUCAAUGGUGGUUUUGAUUCUGUUUCUGGUUCAUCUGUUAGUCAUAGCUGGUAUCUAGUCAUACUUGUAGUUGUAGGGAUAUUUUGGUCAUUUUAUCUUGUGGGUUGUUAG